UGUAUCCGGGCUACGGGCGGUGGCGGAGGCUCCUGCAGCGGUCGCCGGCUGUGGAGGUACUCUGCGCCCCUCGGCUCCGGCUCUCCGCGUCUCCUCGUGUUGCUCUUCGGCGCCAUGACCACCACCACAACCUUCAAGGGCGUCGACCCCAACAGCAGGAACAGCUCCCGGGUUUUGCGGCCUCCAGGUGGUGGAUCCAAUUUCUCAUUAGGCUUCGAGGAACCAGCAGAACAACCUGUGAGGAAGAACAAAAUGGCCUCUAGCAUCUUCGGGACAUCUGAGGAAAAUCCGCCUUCUUGGGCCAAGUCCGCAGGUGCCCAGUCUAGUGGCGGUAGGGAAGAUUCUGAGUCAUCUUGGCCCCAGAGAAGGAACUCUUCUGAAGCAAGCUCCAGAGACUUUCUAGAUCUGAAGGGUCUCCGUUCUGCCACUGGAAUUUUACAUAGUGGUGUUUUGGAAAGAGACCGUAUCAGUGGUGGGAGAUUGACAAAUAAAGAGAAGAAAGUCAGAAGAGUGAGUGAACAUGACCUUGACCCGUUCAAAUGUCCCUUCUACCCGUAGGGUUAGUCUUACCUGGCUCACACUUCCUUCCUGUGUAUCCCACAGAUGGUAGCAUUUCGGAGUUCGAGGACUGUUCGCUGUUUGCCGGUGCUGCCCAGGGCUUUGAGUUGAGCACUAGGAGCCUGCAGCACUGGUGUUAGCAUCUGGGGUGGUACAUGAGAGCUGCCAAGAAGCCCCGGCUGUGUGUCUGGGGUAGCAAGUCCUCCUGACUAGGGGCCUCAGAGCCCCCAAGGCAGCAGCAGUCUGAGUAGGGGGCAGAGGUAUAAGUGCCUUUGGGACUGAUCGAGGCUUCUGCAGCAGCUACAUGAGAAGGAAGGGAGAGAAAUGGAAGGCUAGAUCUGCCAGUUUCCCGUUCUGAUAAAAGACCCUCUGAAGUGGCAGUUGGUAUCAGAUGUUUAGGUGUUGGGGGCCAUUAAAACCCACUGCCAUCAAGUUGAUUCUGACUCAUAGCAACCUUACAGGACAGGAUAGAAUUGCCUCUCAUAGGGUUUCCAAGGAGCGGCUGGUGGAUUUGAACUGCUGACCUUUUUUUGGUUAGCAGCCAGUCUCUUAACCACUGUGCCACCAGGGCUCUGAGGGGCCAUUGGUCAUGCAGAAUUUUUGUAUAGCAUGGUCCCAAGUUGAAUAAAGGUUACUUUUAUAAAGAUGGUCUGACCCUGUACUUGAUUGCAUCAAAACGUGAUUCCAGCCCCAAAAACUAUUGCUCUAAGGUACUCUUUAAACCUUAAACCAGAAAUAUCCCCUGAAGUCUUAAAACCAAACAAUGGUUUAGCUUAAUUAGUAAAGAAUGUCUGCCUUGAGCAUGGUGCUCUUUUAAGAUCUAUCUAUAUGGGAUCAAAUUGACAACAGAUGGGAACAGUGAUUAGCUAACAUUAGAUAGGGUAGUGAGCUUAUAUAAUGGAGGAACCUGUCACUGAAUUGUACCUGUAGAAACUUGAAUUGAUGUAUGUUUUUGCUUUGUCUGUUGUUAGCAACAACAAAAAAUAAAAUAGAUUAUAUAUUUUAAAAAAUGGAAUUCCACAUUUGGUUUCCAGUAGAUGUUACACUGCAGGGAACUGUGACUGCUUUAUUUGUGGAUUGCAGAGUUCAAAUCUGAAGUAAACUUUUC